AUGGGAGGCGGCGCUAGUAAACCAGCAAAACAAAACACGACUCCGGAGGAAUCAAAGCCCCAUGGGCCCACGGAAAGUGUGGAUGGGUCGUCCCCACGGAGGACGUCUGAACAAGGUCCCCAGUCUCUGGGACCCCCACAAAGAGAGGGGGAGGAGGUGGAGGAAAAGCUCGACAUUCCUGACUACAUCGACAUCCUCCAAGAAAACACAGAGGAUGUGAAUGACAUACCUGUUGUACAAGAUGGCUAUCCUCCUCCAAAACCAGCCUCGAACCGGAAGUCAGACAUUUUAAGAGCAGCUGAUAUUGCCGAGGGAGAUAAGAGAGCCAAAAAGAUUAAACCCGAAGAUGCUAAUACGUUUGAAGAUCUCGCAGAGUUGCUAACGAAAGGAAUGUCACGUGACGUCCAACAAGUACGCGCAAUGUUCUCUUGGGUCAUCGGACAGAAUGUUCAAGAAAUAAAAUUUCCUGAAAAUGUGAUACUUAACUCCCCGAUGCAGAUUCUGAAGCGCAUGAAAGAAGGCAAAUCAUCAUAUACCACGCUUUUCACGUUACUUUGUCGUGCAGCGAAAAUUCCUUGUGCCAUUAUUCAUGGGUUCGCUAAGAGCGCUGGAUAUGAAGUCGGCCAAACGGAACUGGAAAACCUCCGCAACAUGUGGAAUGCCGUCUACAUCAAUGGUGGAUGGCGCUUCGUAUUUCCGUUAUGGGCGUGUAAGGUAGUGGUUGGGCAUAGCACAGGAAAAUGGACUCUUGUGGAAGCAAAAGGUAAAGGGGUUCGUGAGAAGAUGCCAGCUUCCACAGGAGAGAGCGUCAGUACACUGAAUGAUUAUUACUUCCUCCCUGACGCAGAAGAGUUCGUAUACCGGUGUUUCCCGGACAACCCCGAGUGGCAGCUACUGAGAAAACCUAUCUCAAAAGAUGAGUUUGUAGAGAUGCCAUACUGCCGACCGUCUUUCUUUGAGUAUAAGGCAAAAGUUGUAAGUAAACCCAAGUGUGUUCUCAUUUCUGAAGACGGGCUGUGUAACAUAUCCUUAAAAAGUUCCAUCAUGGAAGACAUAAUGAUGACGUAUGAAUUAUUCUAUAAUGACGAAGAGUCGAGCUCCCCGAUUUCCUCGGAAGUUCAGUUAGAUAAAUACGUCGCUGUACUUAACCAGAAUGGUAAAGUGGCUUUCAACAUUCGAUUUCCUAGUCCUGGAGUUUAUAAAAUUGACGUUCACGGGAUUUUGAAAGGGGAUGCGAUGUCCUGGUUGUGUUCAUUCAAACUCGUAUGCAAAAAUGCUAGGAUGGACAUCAAACCUUUUCCCUGUAACCCGGAUGUUGGGUUUGGACCAAAUUUUAAAACUGAACUCGCGGGACUGAAGGCUGAAACACAUCAUGAUAGUGUUAUAAGCUUUCAUAGCAAACGGGAAAUGGAAAUAAAGUUUAUAAUGACAAAAUAUGUGCAAGUACAAAGUAAAUUGGUUCAUUACAAUAUGGGUAGUCACCAGUUGAAGAAUUUCGUUUCUACACGGGUUGUAGGGAAUCAACUCUGCAUUGGCUUGGCGAUACCACAGAAAGGGGAGUUUGGUUUACAGAUUAACACAAAGGGAAAUGAAGACAAAGAAUUCAUAAAUGUUUGUAAUUAUUUACUGGAAGCACAAGAUGGGGAAAGAAAACAUCGAACCUAUGAGACUGCGUCGGAGAAAAAAGCGAGGGCUGAACUAAAGGGAUCGCUUCGGUCAAAAGAUCCGGUAGUUAUCAAGCGUGCUAUAGACCAAUUUGCCAAAUUUGAUCUGGAUGAUAAAGGGGAAUUAAAGAAAGCCCAGGACAAGAUCGAAUAUCUCAAGCUAUCAAAAGGUGCUUCUUUAAACCAAUGUCAUUUCAAAGUUUAUCGCCAAGUAUAA